CACUUUUGACGCUUUUGUUUACCUGUUUUUCCUCAAUGACGGAAAAUUUGUCGACAAAAUUUCCUCUUCGUAAUUUUUCUAGUUUUUCUGCAUUUAAAGUGAAUCCAGAGGGCUGAAAAAAGUGCAAAACAGUGGCGGAGUAAUUCCCCCGUGGAAACCAUGUACUGCUGCAUACGUAGCUGCCCGUCCAAGUACGGGAAGGCCGCCGUUUCCUUUCACCGGUUUCCGCAGCACAAUGAAAUCCGUCGCCAGCGGUGGAUCGAAGCAGCAGGGCGAGGUAACGAGAUAAACUACGAUUACGCGGUCGUUUGCAGCCGGCACUUUGUCGGUGGCCGUCCGGCACGGGCCGGGGACCAAUUUUCGAUCAGUUGGGUUCCGACGCUGCUGCUGGAUAGGGAUUUGUCCGACGUGGACGCCAUCGCUCGGCGACAAUCUUCCGGAGCGGCAGGGGCUGUGGUGGACGGCGGAGCCAUUCAGGAUGACGAUGACAUAGACAUUAACUGUGCGGUUCGGGGCUGCGGAAUGACGAAGGAGGAAAACCCAUCGCUGUUAUUCUUUUCCGUCCCACGAAAUCCAAACGAGCGACGCAAGUGGCUGCUCCAAAUUGGGAUGCUGGAGAAUGCCAUUGAGGCAAACAUGAACAACGUGUUGGCCGUUUGUGAAUUGCAUUUCGAUCUAGCAAAAGAUCUACUCAAUUAUGACGAUGUAAUUUCUAUGGGAAGAACUGCUAUGCUAAAGGAAAAUGUAAUGCCGAGCCGGAAUGUCCCGGUAAUAUCAGGUCACAAUCCGGCACACUACACUCACGAGUUUCCCGACAACGACUCGUUCAUGAUGCAAGAAGAGCAGCCAGCACCGGUAGAUGACGACGACGAUGAGUCUUUGCUAGAGGAAAUGGUCCAACGUAACGGCGAGGAUAAUCACGAAAUGCCUGGAUACCCUGCACACAUGCAACCAAGUCCAAUAGAAGAGUUUUUGCAUAUUUGCCGUUCCUGUUUGAGCACUGAUAAAACCAAUCUUGUGUCCGCUUUCGAUGAUAGAUUAGCAGAAAUAUUUCAACAGUUUACUAGCGUGAAUAUAAACGAACACGAUGGCAUUUCCACUAUGAUAUGUGUUGACUGUAAAUCGAGACUGCUGGAGAUUCACUUCUUCCGAGAUACUUGCGUCACAAACACACAAAUUUUGAUUCAUCGCUAUCAAAAGUGCUACGGAAUGGCGCAAGAUGGCGCGCAUAACGAUCAAUCUCAUCAUACUGUUGGCUAUGCUCCUCAAGUAAUUCCGAGCGCUAGUAAUUACAAUCGUUUCGACAUGGGUGCCGAUGACCCGGAGGACCUCCUGAUGCCACAAAAAGAAGAAAUGGAGGUACAAGUCCAUAAACCUAGCAGACCCCGUGGUAGACCUCCGAAGGUACCACCGACUCCACCCAAACCCGCUUUCUCUCCGAAGCCCUUCGUUAUCGAGAAAAAGAAGAAAACGCAAAAGAUUGCCACCAUGAAGAAACGCUUCAAGUGCAAAUUUUGCCGAAAGGAAUACAACUCACGACCUGGAUACGAAAUGCAUUUAGCAACUCACAAGUACCAUCAGCAGAGUGAUUUCACCGAAGAGUGCAAACGGUGCGACAUUCUGACGCGCAAGGGCGAAGUUCAUCGUUGCUACACCGACAUCCUGUACUGCUACGUGUGCGGAGAAAAGUAUGGCAAGUGGGGCCACCUGAAGCUUCACCUGGCGAAGAAACAUCGUAUCAAAACCAAGCGGCGGGAGCUGAUGCUGAAGCUCAAAGAAAUUGGAUACGUGGCUGGCACCAGGGUGAACGCCUUGAAAGUGCCUCCCACAGCCCUAGCCGCACAACAGGAGGAAUCUGAGGAGGAAGACGAUGACUACGAACCACCGAGGCCGGAAGAGGAUCCAGAGAAAUCAGAAAGUUCUCGCAGUGCUACAAGCUCUCCUAACGACCAUCAAAGCAAAUGUAGCUUCUGUGGGGUUGGGUUCCUGUACAACUCAAGUCUGGAGAUGCACAUGAAAACGCACAGUCCAAUUGAGCUGACACAGUGUAAUGAAUGUGAUUCAAAUUUUGAAUCUUACCUGCAGCUGGAGUGCCAUCAUGAUGAACACACCGACGAAGAUCCUUUGCCCGAGGAACUCAUAUGCAGAUUAUGCGGCAAGCAGCUAACGCGCCAACAAACGCUACUGCUCCAUCUACAGUACGUGCACAAAGACAAGAACGUGGUCCAGUGCAGCACGUGUCCAGAACUAUGCGAAAACGCCCUUGAGUUGAGCAACCACUCGUGUCGUGGCCAGCGAAAGCAAACUGCUACGUCUUCGAAGGCCGCUACUAAUGGCGAUUUUGUAAUUGUCAAACCAGAAUCGAUUCUCAAAGGGACAUUGAGCGAGGACUCUAACUCGAUGCCGGUUGGAAUGCAAGGAUCAGAUGGAGCCGAUCCGUUGCUUGGACUGGGCAACGAGGAGGUUAUCGAUCUGGACGACUCGGAUGAUGAUGACGGCGAUAGGCAGGAGAAAGACAAAUAUGAUUGCUCGAUUUGCGCCAAGCAAUUCCCUAAUGAGGACGUACUGGAUCGCCACAUGAAAUUGCACCGUAUGAUGAACGCUGCCAAGGCCAAUGAAAUUGGAAUACGAAAUUCCUUUUCCAGAGCUUUGAAUUGCCGCCGUGAAGUAUCACAGCCCACAUAGGUAAGCUUAUAUGAAAUUUUAAUAUUUAUUUUCCUCGUAUUUAAAAAAACAUUAUGACUAUUUUAGUUUUACUUCGAUUAUUU